CUCCGGAUGCAUAUCCCAUCGUCACUUAUAGACCACCAUCCACAUCCUAGUUGAACAGAAGAAUGGCUAUCCCCAAGCAGCUCCCCUUCGUCCUAAUAGUAAGCCACGCGCUAACGGGGCACCUCGCGCCUCUGAUCCGGAUAUCCAGCGCCCUACACGCGCGCGGCUGGGAAGUCUAUUUCCUCGGCCCGACCGCGCACCGCUCCCGCAUCGAGGCCUCAGGCGCGUCUUUCAUCCCACUCAGCCCCACCGCCGACCUCGACGACAAGGCAUACUACGAGGCCCCGCCACAACCCGACUACGCAUCGCUGCACUGGGCCUCGCGGGCGCUGAUCGACCUGCGGGAACAAUGCAUCGCGCCCUUACCCGCGCAAUGGCUUAGCUUCGUAGCCGCGCUGCGUCUUCUUCGCUCCCGAGACCCGGAGCGCGGCGUCGUGCUAGUGAACGAAGCUUUUUUCUACGGGGCUCUGCCGAUGUACCUCGGCGCGCUGGACGCGGACGACGAUGUGUUGGAGACGACGGUACUAGGAUCGGUGUGCGUCUCGGUGACGGUGCCCGCGAUCCGGAGCGCGGAGCUGCCGCCGAUCGGGUACCCGUUCGCGUUCGACGGCUCGGUGGCGGGGCGCGCGCGCAACGCGAAGCUCUGGGAGCGGAGCUGGGCGCGGAAAGCGGAGCCGCUGACCACGUUUCUAGAUACGAUGCUGCGAGAGGCCGGGGCCAGGCGCGGGGUGGACGAGAUCUUCCUCUCGGGCGCGAAUUACACGGCCCACGAGACCAUCCUGCAGCUCGGCGUCCCGGGGUUCGAGUACCCGCGCAGCGACUGGCCUCCCGGGUUCAAGUUCGCGGGGCUAGUGCAAGGCCCGCCCAAGUCCUCUUCCGCAGCAGCAGCAAAACCAAAAGAUCCGCCCUUCGAUUGGUGGGAGGAAAUAGUCGCCAACUCAGCCCUAGAUUCACUUCCGCCUUCCGACCCACGGAGGGCUCAGAAGAAGAAAGUCAUCGUCGUAGCCCAAGGGACCGUAGAAAUCAACCCUCACGACCUAAUCAUCCCUACCUUAGAGGCUUUUGCUUGUCGUGAGGACGUCCUCGUAGUCGCUAUCCUCGGCUGGAAAGACGCUAGCCUAUUAACUUACGAUUCUAGCAUAAAAACUCCGGCCAACGCCCGCAUUGCCGACUACUUAUCCUACGACGCCGUGCUCGCGCAUGCCGAUGUCUGGGUCCACAAUGCCGGCUUCGGCGCCGUGAACCACGGGAUCGCAAACGGAGUGCCUAUGGUUGUUGCGGGAGAAGGGAUGGACAAGACGGAGAAUGCGCGGCGCGUAGCCUGGUCUGGGAUCGGCGUCGACCUGGGUUGCUCAAGAGCGACCUCGGAGCAAGUGCGAGAAGGCGUCGAACGUGUACUACAGGACGAACAAUUCACAAAACGCAUACGUGAGCUACAGAAGCAAAGCGAGGACAUAGACUGUUUCAGCAUAGUUCACGAAGAAUUACUUAGAAUAGCAGAAACACGCCCCGGUAUUAAACAGCGGGGAUUAGAACGAUGAUAAUGGGGAAUUGGCAGUUAUUACUAUCUCUAAGAGACAGGAUCUGUGUAUGAUGUCAGAGUAGCUAAGCUAGGUGACACAUCACGAUGCGAACCGGCCACUCCCAAGUCCUUCCUAUUUCCGUAACACCAAUUGCAAUCGAGUCUCGAGAAACCAUCACCAAGACCACUAGGCUCAAGCGUGAUGAAAAGGAUCUGCGUAACAACA